GCUUUUCCAUUUCCGUUUGUGUUAGGCCUACUCUUUUAAAUCAUGAGUAAAGGUUGCUGUCUCUCUCUGCCUUCAGUCUGUUUAUCUGUACGUGGUGUUUGUUUCGUGUUUGUCCAUAUGAGAUUUAAGUCCAUCAUGGAGGCUCUGACCCAGGCUCUCUCCUCCAGCUUCGCUGUAUCCAGAGAACCAAACAGCACUUCUGCUCCCCAUCCACGCCUGGCCCAGUACAAGAGCAAAUACAGCGUUCUGGAGCAGAGUGAACGGCGCAGGAGGUUCCUGGAGCUGCAGAAAGAGAAGAGGCUAAACUACGUGAAUCAUGCCCGACGGCUGGCUGAUGGAGACUGGACUGGAGCUGACAGCGAGGAUGAAGAGAAGAAGAGUCCGCCGCAGCUGGAGAACAGCGCUGAUGAAGAAGGGAUGGAGAUCGAGCAGAAGAAAAAGCUACCGAAGCAUUAUGCCAACCAGCUGAUGCUGUCAGAGUGGUUGGUGGACGUCCCUGCAGAUCUGAGCUCUGAUUGGCUGAUGGUGGUUUGUCCAGUUGGAAAGCGUUCCCUCGUUGUCGCCUCCAAGGUUUGGAUCUUUUUCGUGGACGGGCUUCUUUUCUACCACAAGGAGACCCACUACACCCCUGGCAGCACGCCGUUGGUCGGCUGGCUCAGACCCUAUAUGGUGGUAGAUAUCUUGGGCAUCGAGGUGCCACAGUGUCCCCUCACCAUCAAGCCUGAUUAUGCCAGCCAUCAGCUUCAGCAGAUCCUGGAGCACAAGAAAACCUCUACAGAAGUUCGUCCGGCCGACCAAAACGGCCGAUAUGAACUGGAACACCUGUCCACGCCAGAGACACAGCUGGAGAAGUCUCACAGUGUUCAGAAAGAGAGCAUGGACGUCUGAGGACUUCUGCAUGAACCGUUUUAGAGAGCACUUUUCUCAAGUCUCUGCAUGACCACGAAGAUGAUCACAUUUCAGGAGAACGCUGAUGUCAAUGAGUUUUUAAUUGCUAUAUUUAAAAUUGCAAUUCAGUUCUAGGUAACUCCGAUGGAACUAUUUCUGCAACCGUAAUCGCAAAAAUGAAACUAUUCUGCUUUUGUGCAGAUAUUAUUUUAGGAAACAUAUAGGUUUAAUGAUAGUAGACCCUCAUGCUCUGCUGUAUUCACAUACUCUGUUUAGUCACGCCUCUUCAUUGGAUUUUAUAUAUAGCUUUUUAAUUCGAUCUUUUCUGUAGAAGAUGAGAUCAUUAAGAUUCAGCUGGUGAAGAAGCCUAUGGAUAGUUUUUUAAAUUUGUGUUAUGACUUCAAUAAAGUUUUACUGUCUGUUUUGUUUAUC